GGCAUGGAGAUAGCUCAUGUCAUGUAUUCUUUCUCAUUCACAUUUGAAGCUGUUUUGUACCCUUGUGCUGUAGUGCACUGGUUUGCCAAAGAUGGCAACAGGCCUGAUGAGGACACCAGGAUGUGGGUCGUAAAGCCUUCAUUUGAUACUGACCACUUGCUGUCAGUUGGAAUCAUUCACAUUGAUUCUAUCUACUGUGCUGCACACCUCAGCCAAAUCUAUGGAGCACAGCUCAUUUCAUGUGACCUCAAGCACUAUGAUUCAUAUAAUGCUUUUCGAGCAUUCUAUGUGAACAAGUUUGCAAACCAUCAUGCAUUUGAGAUUGCGUCUUAA